AUGGAGCUGGAGGACGGUGUGGUAUACCAGGAGGAGCCCGGUGGCUCCGGGGCCGUGAUGUCGGAGCGGGUGUCCGGCCUGGCCGGCUCCAUCUACCGCGAGUUCGAGAGGCUCAUCGGGCGCUACGACGAGGAGGUGGUCAAGGAGCUGAUGCCGCUGGUGGUGGCCGUGCUGGAGAACCUGGACUCGGUGUUCGCACAGGACCAAGAGCACCAGGUGGAGCUGGAGCUGCUGCGGGACGACAACGAGCAGCUCAUCACCCAGUACGAGCGGGAGAAGGCGCUGCGCAAGCACGCCGAGGAGAAAUUCAUUGAAUUUGAAGACUCUCAAGAGCAGGAAAAAAAGGACUUACAGACCCGAGUGGAAUCUUUAGAAUCUCAAACAAGGCAACUUGAACUCAAAGCAAAAAACUAUGCUGACCAGAUUAGCAGACUUGAAGAAAGAGAAGCAGAACUGAAGAAGGAAUAUAAUGCAUUACAUCAAAGACACACUGAGAUGAUCCAUAAUUAUAUGGAACACUUAGAAAGAACAAAACUUCAUCAGCUCUCAGGAAAUGAUCAACUAGAAUCCACAGCUCAUAGUAGAAUUAGAAAAGAACGCCCUAUAUCAUUAGGGAUUUUCCCAUUACCUGCUGGAGAUGGAUUGCUUACACCUGACACUCAGAAAGGAGGAGAGACCCCUGGAUCAGAGCAAUGGAAAUUUCAGGAAUUAAGUCAACCGCGUUCUCAUACCAGCCUGAAGGUCAGCAAUAGUCCUGAACCUCUGAAGGCUGUAGAACAGGAGGAUGAACUUUCUGAUGUUAGCCAAUGUGGAUCUAAAGCUACCACUCCAGCAUCAACAGCUAAUUCAGAUGUGGCAGCAAUUCCUAUUGAUACUCCCUUAAAGGAAGAUAAUGAAGGAUUUGAGAAAGUUACAGAUACACCACAUAAGUCAGAGAUAAGCAAGCACAUUGAAGUACAGGUAGCUCAAGAAACUAGAAAUGUAUCUACUGGUUCUGCUGAAAAUGAAGAGAAGUCAGAAGUUCAAGCAAUCAUUGAAUCCACUCCUGAGUUGGAUAUGGACAAAGAUCUCAGUGGAUAUAAAGGUUCAAGCACUCCCACAAAAGGCAUAGAGAACAAAGCUUUUGAUCGCAAUACAGAAUCUCUCUUUGAAGAACUGUCUUCAGCUGGCUCAGGCCUAAUUGGAGAUGUGGAUGAAGGAGCAGAUUUACUAGGAAUGGGUCGUGAAGUUGAGAAUCUUAUAUUAGAAAAUACACAACUAUUGGAAACCAAAAAUGCUUUGAACGUAGUGAAGAAUGAUUUAAUAGCAAAAGUGGAUGAACUGACCUGCGAGAAAGAUGUGCUGCAAGGGGAAUUGGAGGCUGUGAAGCAAGCCAAACUGAAGCUAGAGGAAAAGAACAAAGAAUUGGAGGAAGAGCUUAGGAAAGCUCGUGCAGAAGCUGAAGAUGCAAGGCAGAAAGCAAAAGAUGAUGAUGAUAGUGACAUUCCCACAGCCCAGAGGAAGCGGUUUACUAGAGUAGAAAUGGCCCGUGUUCUCAUGGAGAGAAACCAGUACAAAGAGAGACUGAUGGAGCUUCAAGAAGCUGUUCGAUGGACAGAAAUGAUUCGGGCAUCACGAGAAAAUCCAGCCAUGCAGGAAAAAAAAAGGUCAAGCAUUUGGCAGUUUUUCAGCCGACUUUUCAGCUCCUCAAGUAAUACAGCUAAGAAGCCUGAACCACCUGUUAACCUGAAGUACAAUGCACCCACCUCUCAUGUUACUCCUUCUGUCAAGAAAAGAAGUAGCACCUUAUCUCAGCUCCCUGGGGAUAAGUCUAAAGCCUUUGAUUUCCUUAGCGAAGAAACUGAAGCUAGUUUAGCCUCACGAAGGGAACAGAAGAGAGAACAGUAUCGUCAGGUAAAAGCACAUGUUCAGAAGGAAGAUGGUAGAGUGCAGGCUUUUGGCUGGAGUCUGCCUCAGAAGUACAAACAGGUAACCAAUGGUCAAGGGGAAAAUAAGAUGAAAAACUUACCUGUUCCUGUCUAUCUCAGACCUCUAGAUGAGAAAGAUGCAUCAAUGAAGCUGUGGUGUGCUGUUGGAGUCAAUUUAUCUGGUGGGAAGACCAGAGAUGGUGGUUCUGUUGUUGGAGCAAGUGUAUUUUACAAGGAUGUUGCUGGCUUGGAUACAGAAGGCAGUAAACAGCGAAGUGCAUCUCAGAGUAGUUUAGAUAAGUUAGAUCAGGAACUUAAGGAACAGCAGAAGGAGUUAAAGAAUCAAGAAGAAUUAUCCAGUCUAGUCUGGAUCUGUACUAGCACUCAUUCAGCUACAAAAGUCAUCAUCAUUGAUGCUGUUCAACCAGGCAACAUCCUAGAUAGUUUCACUGUUUGCAACUCUCAUGUUCUGUGCAUUGCAACUGUACCAGGAGCACGAGAAACAGACUACCCUGCAGGAGAAGAACUUUCAGAAUCUGGUCAGGUAGACAAAGCUUCUUUAUGUGGAAGCAUGACAAGCAAUAGUUCAGCAGAGACAGACAGCCUAUUGGGAGGCAUCACAGUGGUUGGUUGUUCCACAGAAGGUGUGACAGGAGCUGCCACUUCUCCUAGUACCAAUGGUGCUUCUCCAGUGAUAGAAAAACCACCAGAAAUGGAAGCAGAAAAUAGUGAGGUUGAUGAAAAUGUUCCAACAGCAGAAGAAGCAACUGAAGCCACAGAAGGCAAUGCAGGGUCAGCCGAAGACACCGUGGAUAUCUCCCAAACAGGCGUGUACACAGAGCAUGUCUUUACAGAUCCUUUGGGAGUUCAGAUCCCAGAAGACCUCUCCCCAGUAUAUCAGUCAAGUAAUGACUCAGAUGCAUAUAAAGAUCAAAUAUCAGUAUUGCCAAAUGAACAAGACCUGGUGAGAGAAGAAGCCCAGAAAAUGAGUAGUCUUUUACCGACUAUGUGGCUUGGAGCUCAAAAUGGCUGUUUGUAUGUCCAUUCAUCUGUAGCCCAGUGGAGGAAAUGUCUCCAUUCCAUCAAACUUAAAGAUUCGAUUCUCAGUAUUGUACACGUAAAAGGCAUUGUGUUAGUGGCCCUGGCUGAUGGUACCCUUGCAAUCUUUCACAGAGGAGUUGACGGGCAGUGGGACUUGUCAAACUAUCACCUCUUAGACCUUGGACGGCCUCACCAUUCCAUCCGAUGCAUGACUGUGGUACAUGACAAAGUCUGGUGUGGCUAUAGAAACAAAAUCUAUGUGGUUCAGCCAAAGGCCAUGAAAAUAGAGAAAUCAUUUGAUGCACACCCCAGGAAGGAGAGCCAAGUGCGGCAGCUUGCGUGGGUGGGUGAUGGUGUGUGGGUCUCUAUUCGUUUGGAUUCCACACUCCGUCUCUAUCAUGCACACACUUAUCAGCAUCUACAGGAUGUGGACAUUGAGCCUUAUGUGAGCAAAAUGUUAGGUACUGGAAAACUGGGCUUCUCUUUUGUGAGGAUCACAGCUCUUAUGGUGUCUUGCAAUCGUUUGUGGGUGGGGACAGGAAAUGGUGUCAUUAUCUCCAUCCCAUUGACAGAAACAAAUAAAACCUCAGGAGCACCAGGAAAUCGUCCGGGAAGUGUAAUCCGUGUAUAUGGUGAUGAAAACAGCGAUAAAGUGACUCCAGGGACAUUUAUACCCUACUGUUCAAUGGCACAUGCACAGCUUUGCUUCCAUGGGCACCGGGAUGCUGUGAAAUUCUUUGUGGCAGUCCCAGGUCAAGUCAUCAGCCCACAAAGUGGCAGUAGUGGCACAGAUCUAAUAGGUGACAAAGCAGGGCCAUCCGCGCAGGAGUCUGGCAGCCAGACGCCCGUGAAAUCUAUGCUUGUCAUCAGUGGAGGAGAGGGCUACAUUGACUUCCGAAUGGGUGAUGAAGGUGGAGAAUCAGAACUUCUUGGAGAGGACCUUCCACUUGAACCUUCCGUCACCAGAGCAGAAAGGAGUCAUUUGAUAGUGUGGCAAGUGAUGUAUGGCAGUGAGUGAGCCCAUAGGAAGAACAGGUGGCGAUGGGGAAGCCAUCUCUUCUGCAUGGUUUAUUUUCCCUUUUCCCCUUUAUUUAAUGCUCUUUUUGUGAAAUAAGUUUCACCACAUAAUGUGUGAGCAUUUUUUUCCUGUUAACUUUAUAUUAUAAAAUCUGUCCUACCAUAACAAUACAGAGGAACUAUCUCUUUUACUGCACAGUGUUAUAGGCAAUUUCAGUAUAUAAUGAACAAAUCAAAGAAUGUUUACUUUCUGCAAACUGGUGAAUUACAGAAAGCAAUCCAGAUGUGGUUUACUCUGCCACAGUCUAAUGUCACCCACUUCAUUUGGUGGGGUCACUUUUUAGCUGUCACUAAUAAUGGAAUUAAUGGAAAACACUUGGUGAACGAACCAUACCAUAAGUACAAUAGCAGAGUUUUCCCCAAUGUAUUAUAAAAUUGACACACACUAAUAUCAGGUAGAUUAUCAGGAUUUAUCUAAUUGUCCCGAGAGGGCUAAAGCUAAUUGUAAAUUAACUUUCACUUUCAAAUCUGACAAAUCUUGUUUAUAUGGUAUAUAAAACUUUGUUUUCAUCAGAUUUGGGGGGUUUUAUAUUAAAGAAAUUAAGGCUACACUAUUUAAAUAAAAGUUUCCUGUUUCUGACUUAUUAGAGCUCUAAAGUUUAUGAGCCCUGCUUCCCUGAAUAUUCUGGGUUUUUUUUUUUUUUGAGACUAGUCUCACUCAUUUUCAUACUGACAUGUCUGAGAGGUGUAUUAUUUAUAAAGCAUAGAAGAUAUAUUCUGGGAAGCCUAGAAGAUACUUCAGCACUGGGAGGGUUUUUUUAAAAAGAAAAUUUUGUUUUGUAUUCUUCGUACCAGAGGAUGGUGGUGGUUGAUUGAGUUUUUUCCAUGUAAGAAAUUCGCCUGUUUGCCAAAUGUUCCUGGACUGCUCUUAGCUGUUAAUAAAACUGUAGCUGUGAUGGAGUCUGGCUUAACCAACUGAAUGAGGGAUUUGAUUAGAAAAGUUAUUUUCUUUUGUUCUGUAUAAAAUUACAGAAUAGCUAGUACUUGGUAUUUUGUAUGUAAAUAACACGUAAGCUUUUGUACCCUUUUGAGCUUAAAAUGCCAUCUUCAAUGGGGAAAACUAUGAAGGGAAAGAAGGCAAAGCCAAGAUACCAUAAAGUAAAUGUUGAUAUUACGUCUUUCACUCACAGUGCCCAUUCAAAAAAAGAGUCUGGGUUUAACUGAUUUUCUUGUUUAAUAAGUCUUUAAAAACCAUUAUGCUGCAAUUUUUUUCCUCUCAAGCUUCUUGAAAAUGUACGAUUUACCAUUUCUUAUAUAUUACUCUGAGCAAAGCUAAAUACAAUUGUAUGUGCUAUUUUAAAAAUAUAAACCUAUAGAGAAAGCCCCCCCCCCCCCCAAAUCAUCAGGAGGACUACUUCAAAGAAAAGAAAGCAAACACAAGUCUCAAAUUGUCUAAGCAUUCGUAAGUACCAGGGAUUUUUUUUUUUUUUUUUUUCUGAACUGUUAUACAAAGAUAUCUGUAAAAAGUGCACCAAUGACUUUUAUGCAUAUACGUGAUUAGGCUAGCUUAUAAAAUACGGGGAAUUUACUGAGCCAGAGGAGGCCUUUGGAUCUAUUUGGCCACAUGUGUCUAUAAGCACAUCGUGUACACAAUAAAAUUGUGGCCACUGUAUGUUUUAGAAGAAAAAAACUGUUUUGGUAAAAGCUGUAUUAAAAGAAUAAUUUUUUGCUUGAGCUACUUAGUCACUUUUCUUCAAGGCACCAAAACUUAGGCCACUUUUUCGUAGCUGGUAUGCUAUGUUCUUAUUUUUUAUUUUAAAUCAGAGCCAUUUUGGCAAUACCUAAAAAAAAAAAAAUUACUAAACAUUUAUUGGAAAUGUAUAAAUUCACAAGAGGCACCAAAGGGUUUGGGAAUUUUAUUCCCAAGAAGUAAAUCCCAGAGUCAGCCCCUAUUUGCCGUUGUUCAGCCUUUUACACAUUUGUAAGACCAAAUGUAAUUUAGGAAAUCAGGAGUUACAGAUGAAAAAUGCAGACAUGUUACAGUGGUUGUAAUUCCUCUUUUUAAACUUACCGGCUUUAACAUAAGGAAUAUAGAUAUGUAGUUAUUUUAUCUAAAGAUGUCAGAUUAUCUGUGGCCCUGUUGAUUAACUUCAGGGACCAGAGAGGACAAAAACGCCUGUACAAUUUGUGUUAAAGCCUUGUCCAUACGUUUUUAAUUUUAGUUUAAAAUGUUUAUAUUUUUGUAAUGUUCAUUUUGGUCAAGGUGGUAACCUUUGGAAGAAAAUGCCAAAAUGUAAUCUUCAUGCUAUCAGCAAAGUGGUAUAAACUGCCUGUAGCUACCACAUCAAGGGCAGAGAAGAUACUUGAGUACUUUGGGUCGGUCUCUCCAUGUAAAAUAAGUUUUGCCCCUGUUGGAAGAAAUAAGGGGUACGUGAGGAUUCUCAUUUUCUUACCUGGGGCCAUGUAUUGAGGUUGAACCAUAUGAAAUUACCAGUGUUUGAUCAUUGCUGGUCUGCAGAAAUGGCAAUAUCAUAUGCCUCAACCUACUAGUAUUAAAUGCAGGUUAAAAUCUCUGUAAGGCAAAAGGAGAAUAUCCACUCAAAACUCAUUUUUGAGAGUGUUUUUCUCUAACUCAUGUGGAUCUAAAUUUUUUAAACACGAAUGAAUGUCUUAGUAGCUGCAGCUUGUUGAGAGUGUAAAACAUUUUGAGCACAAAAUAUGCAGCACAUAACUUUCCAAAUUGUGUUUGCACAGAAAAAGUUAAAAUACAUUCUCUCAGUAGCUGUAUUGUUCUUUUCUUGUAAAGGCCUUCUUACAUUUGAGACUGGGCCCUUUAACAUAGGCUGCCUUAGUAACAAAACAAAACAAAAUGUCUCAUAAUAUUAACUGUUCUAAAGAACGUGUGUCUUGCAAAUGCCGUGAAACUGAAUAUUUAUUUCCUUGUGAGUAUUAUAACCGUUACCAAAGGACUCAACCAGAUUUAGGGCUCUUCUUAAUUGAUCAUGUUGAGAAAGGGACUCAUUUGGUCCCACUUUGUAACAUGGGAAGAGUAAGAGAAAAUUAACUGUGGAAAUUAUAAAUGCUUUUCUAACAGGGUUAUGCUAUUCUGUAACACUAAAUGUCUUUUUCUUUCUCUUAAAAAAUUGUUUUAUUAAUUUUGUCAUACAUUUUUCAAUAUUCGAAUAUAUUUUAACCAUUUUAUGUUCUAAAUUUGUUUUUUGUCCUAGACAUUUUAUCCAGAAUUUUACUUGCCUUCAUAAUCUGAAAAAUGGGUUCUAGAGCGUCUUACUUGCUGUCUCUUAGAGGCUGAGGCUUCAUUUCUAUGAGCAAAAAGCUCGUUUAGCGAUGUAGUUAUUUCAGUAUUUAUUUCUAUUAUGGAAUCCCUGGGGUUCGGAAUGUAACUUUGUACAUGAAAUAUAUAUAAAUAUGUAUAUGAAACGUG